AUGCUGGUCCUCACGUCGGUAGCGUCCGACGCAGCUGUCGCCCUCCUCUGUGCAGCGCUAACACUAGGAACCAUGCUGCUAGUCACCUGGAUAUAUGCGCCGAUCGCUGAGGCCACGAGACUCGCUCAAGAGACCGACUCUGCACAAGAAGCUACAUUUGUCGAUCCUCAUGAUGACACGAAGCGUUUGCGAUUUGGGUCCUUGGGAGAUGAACAGCCCCAAGUGUCGCUCACUGUGGUGAUUCCAGCGUACAAUGAAGAACAGCGCAUUGAAGUGACACUGAACGAGACCAUCGCGUUCCUCGAUGAAAAGCAGCAGCAGGACCGGUCGUUCACGUACGAGGUCAUUGUCGUGGACGACUGCAGUGUGGACAGGACCGUGGACGUGGUUCUGGAUGCAGUCAAGCGCUACUCGAUUGAUCGCAUUCGACUGCUAGAGCUGCAGCACAAUCACGGCAAAGGAGGAGCCAUUCGCAAAGGAGUGAUGCGUGCACGUGGAGAGUUUGUGCUGUUUGCUGAUGCUGAUAAUGCGACCGAGAUCAGGGACUAUGACAAGCUCGCACGUGUUUUAGAAGACGUCCAAAGCUGUGGACAGAGUGGAGUUGUGGUGUGUGGCAGUCGCGCCCAUUUGGAAGAACAGGCGAUUGCCAAGCGUCACCCGCUACGGAACUUGCUCAUGCACGGGUUCCACCUGAUCGUGUCGACGCUGUGUAUCAAGAAUGUGCGUGAUACGCAGUGCGGGUUCAAGCUCUUUGACCGCACGGCAGCCCGUGUGCUGUUUCCGCCAAUGCAUAUCGAGCGCUGGGCUUUUGACGUGGAACUGCUGUACCUCGCAGCCAGCAGGAAAAUGGCGAUCAAGGAAGUCGCAGUGCAGUGGAAGGAAGUGCCGGGAUCAAAAUUGAGUGUGAUCUCCGCCACCAUCACGAUGCUGCGGGAAAUCAUUCUCAUCCGUGUAUGCUAUAGUGCUGGCAUUUGGAAGAUCAGCGACGGUGGUUUUCGUCUUGCCGACCGAUCGCAAAGCACAAUAGCUGCUGUGAAUGUUCCUAACUAG